AUGGUGUUCAAUACGGUUCGAAGCCUGUCACUCUCCUUGCUGUUCCUUGCAAUUCUAAGCAUCGGCUUCACGGUGGCAUCGGUCUUUCUACUCCCCACUGCUACCUCUAAAGUUGCGCUGGCGCAUUCCUCAUCCAUGGAUUCAACCACCACCACCAGCAAACCAUAUUUUACAUUUGGUAUCAUUUCUGACAUUCAAUACGCACCAAUUCCGGAUGGAUACUCUACGUAUGGAACUCAGAGAUUCUUCCAGUAUUCCAAAGACGCGGCGGCUCAAGCUGCCAAGCAUUUUGAACAAGAACAAAUCCCACUGGUAGUCAAUCUAGGUGACAUUAUUGAUGGAAAGUGUCAAGAAAUUGCCAAACAUGCAGGGGUGCCCAUGGAAGAGGGUGUAAAUGUUGGCAUGGAGUGCACAGAUCGUGUCCUUGAAGCUUUGUCCACCUACACUUGUGGAAAGCUACUGCAUACCUAUGGCAACCAUGAACUCUACAAUCUCAGCAGGGAACAAAUUGGAAAAAAGCUCAACAUUCCAAUGGUGCAAGAGCGGCCAGACAAAGAUGGUGUAGGGAGUUAUGUGGGGUACUUUUCCUACCUGGCUAUAACCAACAGUGGAAGGAAUCUACGGCUUGUGGUGAUUGAUUCAUAUGAUAUCGCAAUUCUGGGACACCCAAAGGACAGUCCAAAGAGAAUCAAGGCUGAAGCCAUAAUGGCCAGGAACAAUCCCAAGGAUGUCCAUCCAGAAACCCCCAAAAAGGAAUCAGAAGAAUUUCAAGAGAGAUUUGAGAUGAUCAACGGGGCUGUGGAUGAACCUCAGCUGCGCUGGUUAAGAAAGACCCUGACAAAAGCACGUGAAAACAAGGAGCUGUGCAUCAUAAUCUCCCAUCAGCCCAUUCUACCAAAAUCUUGUUUCUCUGUCACUUUGAUGUGGAACUAUGAUGAAGUCUUGCAAGUCUUGCGAGAAUUCAAAGAUGUGGUAGUCUUGUCACUAGCGGGACAUGACCACAGAGGUGGAUAUCAAAUUGAUGAAGAGAGUGGCAUUCACUUUCGCGUGGUGGAAGGCACAGUGGAGACACCACCUCCUGGAGUGACCUAUGGAUUUGUUGAUAUGUACCCAAAGAAGAUAGUGGUUCGAGGCUUUGGGGGCUGUAAAUCUGCCGAGUACGACCUCUCCAGGAUGCAACAAGCUAGAGUAUGA